GACAACCAGAAUGUUCAAGUCACCAACUUCCCAAUCAUUUUUCUGCAAAUUGUACAUAGAAUAGUGAACUCUCUCUUUCUCUAUCUCUCUCUCUCUCGCUCUCUCUCUCUCUCUCUCUCUUUCUCUCUCUCAGGAAAUAUGAAUGAUGAGGUGACUCACCAGAGGAUCAAAACUAAUGGAAUAUGGAUGCACAUAGCGGAGCAAGGGACAGGGCCUCUGGUGCUUCUCCUCCACGGCUUCCCGGAAAUAUGGUAUUCGUGGCGCCACCAGAUCAGUUUCUUGGCUAAGCAUGGCUACCAUGUUGUUGCUCCUGACAUGAGAGGCUAUGGCGACACCGACGCCCCUCUCAACCCUUCCUCCUACUCCAUUCUCCACCUCGUCGGCGACCUUGUUGGCCUCCUUGAUCAUUUUGGUGGACAGCAGGCAUUUGUUGUGGGACAUGACUAUGGAGCCAUUGCAGCUUGGCACCUGAGCCUUCUCAAGCCCGAGAGAGUCAAGGCCGUCGUUGCACUAUCUGCUCCAUACUUCGAAAGGUCUUCAAGCACUAGGAAUUCCGAUUCGAUGAGGCAGCUGUUCGGCGAGGGGUGUUACGUUCAUCAGUUUCAGGAGCCAGGAAGAGCAGAAAAAUCGUUUGCGAGAUACGAUUAUUUGACGGUGAUGAAGAAGUUCCUGCUGUAUAACAAGACAGAUUAUCUGGUGGCUCCUCGUGGAAUGGAGAUAAUCGAUUAUCUGGAGACACCGGCGGUGUUGCCGCCAUGGAUUUCUGAAGAGGACCUCCAAGUCUAUGCUCAAAAGUUUGAGGAAUCUGGCUUCACUGGUGCUCUCAAUUAUUUUCGUACAAUUGAAAUGUACUGGGAGCUCAUGGGACCAUGGCAAGGUUCAAAGGUUAAUGUUCCAGCAAAGUUCAUUGUGGGUGACAAAGACAUUGGUAUUGAAGUUCUGGGCACAAUGGAAUAUGUAAAAGGAAGUGUUUUCAAGAGUCUUGUGCCGAACCUGGAAGUCGUGAUCUUGGACGGCCACCAUUGUAUCCAGCAAGAGAAAGCUCCAGAAGUCUCCGACGAGAUUCUUUCCUUCCUACGCAAGUUUUCUACAGAAAAGAGUUUGCCAGUCUAAAUGAGAGUUUUGCCUUACCUAUUUUUCAAUGUUAAUACAAUGUAUGACAUUUGCAAGCAUUUGUCCGUGAGUGAUACGAUUCGCAACUAUUUACAUGCUUUUCCAAAAAUACCUUCCGAUACUCUUUUAAGUUAUGAAAUUUCAACUGAGAUAA